AUGCCGCCUCCGGAGCCCAUGCCCGGCUACGGGGAGCUGCUGCGCCGGGGCCUGGGCAGCCUGGCGGCGGCGGCGCGGGGCUGCGGGGACUGCGGCUGGGAGCGGGCGCUGCGCACCUGGGCCGACAACGCGCACCUGGGCUGGGCCGAGCUGCUGCUGUGCGGGAUCUGCGCGCUGGGCUGGACCGCGCUGCGCCGCGCCUGCUCCCGCCGCCUGCUGCGGCCCUUGGCGGAGUGGUGCCAGCUGCAGCCCAAAGAUGCCGCCAAGAUGCCCGAGAGUGCCUGGAAGUUGUUCUUCUACUCGGUGUCGUGGUCCUACGGCGCCUACCUGCUGUUCUGCACCGAGUACCCCUUCUUCCACGACCCGCCCUCCGUCUUCUACGGCUGGCACCGGGGCAUGGAGGUGCCCAGGGACAUUGCCCUGGCAUACCUGCUGCAGGGCAGCUUCUACGGGCACUCCCUGUACGCCACGGCCUACAUGGACACGUGGCGCAAGGACUCGCUGGUGAUGCUGCUGCACCACGUGGUCACCCUGACCCUGCUGGCCUCCUCCUACGCCUUCAGGUACCACAACGUGGGCGUGCUGGUGCUGUUCCUGCACGAUGUCAAUGACGUGCAGCUCGAGUUCACCAAGCUCAACGUGUACUUCAAGCACCGCGGCGGCGCCUUCCACCGCCUCAACGACGUGCUGGCCAACGCGGGCUGCCUGGCCUUCAGCGUCAGCUGGUUCUGGUUCCGUCUCUACUGGUUCCCCCUGAAGGUGCUCUACGCCACCUGCCACUCCAGCCUCCAGGCCGUGCCCAACAUCCCCUUCUACUUCUUCUUCAACGCGCUGCUGCUCGUGCUCACCCUGAUGAACAUCUACUGGUUCCUGUACAUCGUGCUGUUCGUGGCCAAGGUGCUGCUGGGGCAGAUGCAGGAGGUGAACGAUGUCCGUGAGUACGACCUGGAGGAGAGCAGGAAGCCCGGCAAGGAGCCUGGGAUCCCGCUGCCCCGCGCUCUGAAGGAGGGGCUGCACCUCAGGAACGGCCUCGUGAAGGACAAGAGGUUGUGAGGGCGGCGUGGGCACGGCUGCGGGGCUGGCACUGCCCGGGACCUGCUCUGGGACCCUGCCAAGGACAGCAACUGCCCCCCUGCCCCCUGCCAGCCCUGGCACUGCCAGCACCCUGCGCCUGGGGCUCCCACUUUGGCCCAGUCUGGCCGGGACGCUGGGGGCCGCGCUGGCCAGGGGGGACCCGGGGCUGCCUCGGUGUCCCUGGCGUUGCUCCACGUCCUCAGCCCCGCUGUGACACCCCCAGACCCUCCCUCUGAGCCCUCCCAGCUGCUCCAGCCCGGGCAGGGGAGCUCCUGUCCCGCCCUGGGAAGGGACCCCGAGGCCAGAUGUGCUCCAGAUGUGCCCCAGCUGUGCCCCAGGGACUGCAGAGGUGCCCUUGUCACCUGAAUCCAUCCCGGGAAUCCAGCCCAGCCCUCGGGAGGAGGCUCUGGAGGUUCAAUUUCCUUGGAAAAAAUCCACGUGUAGCUCUUGGGGUGGCUUAGAAAGGGUCCUGCAGGUCCCUGCUGGGAGAUUCCCCCAGGACUGGCCCCUUGCUGAAGGAAAAACAGAGAAUUCCUGCUCCAGGGUUGGGUUUUUGCGAGGAACAGAGAAUUCCUGCUCCCAGGGUUGGGAUUUUGGGAAGAACAGAGAAUUCCUGCUCCAGGGUUGGGUUUUUGCGAGGAACAGAGAAUUCCUGCUCCCAGGGUUGGGAUUUUGGGAAGAACAGAGAAUUCCUGCUCCAGGGCUGGGAUUUUGGGGAGAACAGAGAAUUCCUGCUCUCAGGGUUGGGUUUUGGGGAGGAACAGAGAAUUCCUGCUUCUAGAAUUGGGGUUUUGGGAAAAACAGGGAAUUUCUGCUUCCAGGGUUGGGAUUUUUGG